AUGGCUAUUUUAACCCGAUUCCUGCCAUUUUUAAAGUAACAAAUGAAUUAAUUUAUAGUUAAUUGAGAUAAAUGUUUAAGAUCGCCAGAAUAUUGGAUUGAGCGUUGGCGGUCGCUCUUCUUCUCUGUUUUUGCGAAGAAGCCGUUGAAGCCAGUUCAAGCGCCGGUUUUUGAGCCUCCCAAACCGCCGGUUGUACAGAAAGUCGAAAACAAAACGAUGCACACUUCUUCAGUUGUUAAAGCGGUUAGUUUUGAUGCAUUAAAUAGAAUUUUGAAGAAGAAAAGUGGUUUAGGCCGCGGCCCGAGUCCCAAUGAUCAAGUUCCUCGGGGCCAGACAUCCUCGGCCACAUUUUGACCGAUCCUCUUUGCCUCCUCUUCAAGUUUCCGGUAAUAUUCAAGGUGAGAAGACUUUAGCAGUUAUGAAAAAUAAUUUUGCUAUUCCAUGUAUUCAAGGUGUUUAGUAAAGCACAAUUACAUUUAAACAAAAGCAUAAUUUUUCUAAAUUUUAAUUUUUAUGGCAAGAAGGCUGCGCUCUUAAUUAUGCAACCCUUUUCAGAUUUUUCAACAUUUUAUCUUUUUUCCUGUCUAUUUCACUCCUUGUUGACUGAAUAGUAUUUGCAGUUGUCAUAGCUUUUUUGGCUCAUGCAAAUGAUUGAAAUCGAAAAUUCUUGUUGAAAAUUUUUUCUAAGCUCAUUAAUAAUUUGUGAGUUGUAGAGGUUUUCUUUGUGGAAGUAUGCUUUGAGCGUCUUUUUUUUAUUAUUUCCUCCCGGAAACAGCAAAUGAGGCAUCCUUAUUAUAUACAAAACCAUGUUAUCCAUCAAUAAUGUACAAAUUUUUUUUCGAUUUCAGUGGCAAAAGCAGAGCAAUCGAACUCCCCGGCCAAGGCUUCCUCGAUCGGCUCCGUCGGGAAACUGCCGCGGGGCUCCGGAAUCGAGGAAUCGCAGCUCCCGCAAAAUUACCGCCGACGGCCGAUUUCCGAAGAAGAGUGCGACGCGAUCAAUGUUCGUUGUUGCUAUUUUCGGGCCGUCGGUUGCCCUGGUGACCUCGGACGCUUCCUUUCCUUUUUUCUUCUUCAAGAAGAGCCAGCGGUCAAGAAAUAUAUAGUUGUUUCACUUGAGUCAAAAAUUCUUCGCGACAGAUAUUCGUUCGCCGCGCUUCCUAUGUACCUUUAAACUUCAACUCACUUUCGAAAAUUUCCUUCAAGUUGCUUACUUUCCUUUUACUGUGAAAAUUUUUAGUGGCGACUGUAGGGUUUUGGCGUUUUAUUGGCCACUAUGGUAAUCGUAUGAAUGGCGGCUGAACAGGCUAAAAUUUAAUGGCCUCUUUAGGAGUGGUACUGCUAGACCUAUAAAAAGUACUAUAGCGACCACUUAGACGCAAUUAAGUGGCUUCCAUAGAGGUGGUUCAGUGGCCACUCCAGUGUCAUCUCUAAGUGGUCUAUGAGGAACCUCUUAAGAGGAAACUAGAGUUUUUUUCCCAGUAGUGUUUUUCUCAAAAAUCGAACACAAAAAAAUAAAAAAAUAAAAUUUUUUUCUUUUUUUAACCUUGAUUUUUUUCAGUCCGGCUUCUUCUACACUCGAUAA